AUGCAGAACAAAACCCUGCUGCUCGCUUUCGUCGGUCUGGCGCUCAGCCUACCGAACGCAUCCUUUGCUCGACCUGCCGGUCUACAGCCCCGUGCGCCACCUGUCAUCGAAACGCUCAGCGACCUUGUCCGAGGAUCGAGAUCCGGUCUGCGCCACCGCUUCACUCCCAUGCGCUCCAGCGAGCCUGAAGAGAUUCAGCUGGGAGAAGCGCGCCCUUUGCGUGGAGGAUACGUGCCCGGCAGUGGUAAGCGUCGAAUGAAAAAGCUGGCGCUCUACGGCACGUGAGUUUUCGCGAAGCAUCCCAUCCGACGUUGAAGACCGUCUCUCUGACGAGUGCUCCCUCUCGCACGCUAGCGGACUGGCCGUCGUUGGUACAGCCACUGGUGUAGGCGCCCAUGAAAUCGUUCAGCAUGAGCGCGAGCAGAAUCGUAAGCUUGCGGUGAUGCGUGCUGAUCUCGAAAAGCGUGAGUGACGUAAGGUCAGCAUGGUGAUGUCUAAGGAGCCGAUGCCAACCAGAGGUGCUUGUUCAUGCAGAGGCCGCAGCUUUGAGAGACUCGAAACGUAAUCCAUCGAGCGGCAAUGAGGUAAAUGCCUCGACGCAAGAGGUCAAUCCGCAAGUGGCGCUACCAAACAGCAACGACACGUACUACGGAGCCCCUCGUCCGUAUAGAUCGGUGCCAUCUCCUGGCGCAGGACACGGCGCGCCACCCAAUCUGCCAGGCAUGUCGUCGGCACAGGCAGGUCCCGAUCAGUCCGUACCCUCGCCCGGAGCCGGGCAUGGUGGACCACCAGGCCCGCUGGUCGUAAAGGAUGAGGCGGUACAAGACGCUCUUCCCGAUCAGUCCGUACCCUCGCCCGGAGCCGGGCAUGGUGGACCACCAGGCCCGCUGGUCGUAAAGGAUGAGGUCGUGCAAGACGCUUUUCCUGCUCAGUCGGUACCUUCGCCAGGGACUGGGAAUGGCCUAGGCCCGCUAGCUGCAAAGGAUGAUCGUGAGGCUCUUCCCAGCGAGGCUGGACCUUCGCCAGGGACUGGGAAUGGCAAACCCCCAGGCCCGCCGGUCGUGCAGGCCAAAGAAGGACAAGAUGCAGAGACCAUGGGUCGCAAGGGAGGCAGUCCGGGUAGCAUUCCUGCUCCAGCGGCACAAAAGACUCCGAACCCACCUUAG